AUGGGCUGCAGGAACAAGUGGGCCCUCAUCGGCGGCGGCUCUGUGGUGCUGGUCAUCGCCCUCGGACUCAUCCUGGGCCUCACUCUGCAGCCAGGUUGCCAAGAGACCUGCAGCCCCAAGGGCGACAUGCUGGACUACCUGAAGGAGCUGGGCCACAUCAGCCGGAAGGACGGCCUGCUGGUCACCUGGUAUCACGCGGCCAACAGCCGGCAGGAGAUGGAGGAGGCUCUGAACAGCGAGGCCAUGGUCCUGGAGGCCGACGUCAACAUCGAAGGGCUCAACACAGCCAACGAGACCGGGGUCCCCAUCAUGGCACACCCCCCGGCCAUCUUCAGCGACAACACCUUGAAGCAGUGGCUGGAGGCCGUGCUGAACACUUCGAAGAAGGGCAUCAAGCUGGACUUCAAGAGCAUCAAGGCGGUGGGCCCCUCCCUGGACCUCCUGCGGGAGCUGACAGCCCAGGGCCGGAUCCAGAGGCCCGUGUGGAUCAAUGCUGACAUCCAGAAGGGCCCCAACGUGCCCAUCUCCGUGGAGGUCAACGCCACCCAGUUCCUGGCCUUGGUCCAGGAGAAGUACCCCGAGGUCACCCUGUCUCCGGGCUGGACCACCCUGUACCUGCCCUCGCCCCAGAGCCAGACCUACAGCCGAGCCAUGGUGGAGAACAUGCAGGCGCUGGUGGGCCCGCUGCCCCAGAGGGUCACCUUCCCCGUGAGGGCCUGCAUGCUGCGCGCCGCCUGGCCACACUUCAGCUGGCUGCUGGGCCAGUCCGAGAGGUACAGCCUGACGCUGUGGCAGGCGGCCUCGGACCCCGUGAAGCUGGAUGACCUCCUGUACAUCCGGGACAACUCUGCCCCGCACCAAGUGUACUACGACCUCUUCGAGCCCAUCCUGUCUGAGUUCAAGAAGCUAGCCCUGAGCACCACACGGAAGCGCGUCUACUACACGGGGGGCAGCCUGGUCCCUCUCCUCCAGGCCCCCGGGGGCGACGCUCUGGAGGUCCAGUGGCUGGUUCCUGAAAUCCAGGGCGACACAAAGACCAUCCGGCUCCCAGACGAGAAAGGCAUGAUCCUGCUGACCGUCACCCAGCAGGCGCCCGAGGGCAGGGCCCAGGGGCCCACGGUGAUCACCCCGGACGGCGCCAGCCUGCCGCUGGAGAACUACCUGGAGCAGCUCGACUCCCACCCCAGGUCCUGGGGCGUCCACAUACACAUCGCAGACGCCAAGGCGCUGUGGCCGACCGUGGCCGUGCUGGCCCGCCUGUCCGCCCUGGGCCAGCUGUCUCUGCCCGUGUGGGUGGGCGCCACCAUCUCCCACGGGAGCUUUGCCACCCAUGCCACCCAGGGCCACGUGGUUGGCACGGAGCUGCUCAGGGCUGUGACCGAGGCCUUCCCCGACGUGACCUUGGCGCCCAGAUGGCCGAAGGAGGCACUGGACGCCAGCUACGAGGAGUGGGCGCUCUCGGACAUGCUGGAGCUGUGCCGGGGCCUCCGGCAGCCCGUGUCCUUCCAGCUGGACGCCAGGCUGCUGAGCCGGAGCGGGGCUGCUGGCGUCGUGACCAGGCUGCUGGCGGCCUCCCCGCGGGCCACCGUCACGGUGGUGCUGGACACCGAGCGAGGGGACAGCAGAGCACUGCGGGCGGCGCUGCAGGCGGCCAGGAAUGUGGACAGGACUCGAGUCUACUUCAGGCUGCCCCGGGCUCUCCGCCAGGAAUUGCUGAAUGAACACUGACCCCUCGGGCGGCCCCCGCCUGGGUCCCCGCUCCAGGGCGGGGCGGUGGGGGGAGGGGGAGGAAUAAACGCCUUCACCUACAUUCACGUGCUGUCUUGAGUGUCCUGGGGGGCGGGAGGGGUCCCCAGGGCGGC